GUAAACAAAAGACUGAGUGAUUCAAUCUAAUCGCAGUUUAGUAUAAGUAAACAUGGCAAAAAAAUUCUACCAGCCAAGUGGAGCUCUUUAUCAUUCCUCCCUUUAUCACUUUAAUUUAUGUUUCACGUGUGGAAGUAGACAACAAAAACUCAACAAGAAUGAACAGCAGAACAUUAAAAAGACUCAUCUAUCGAUUGAACGGAGGACUUACCACUUGGGUUGGAGACGACAUUUUAAAUAUUUUAUUGGCGCCCGGAAAUCCUCGAGGGCAAUUGGUUGGAUGGAUAAAAAUUUGUGGAUUAGUAUUAUGGGGAUUAGUCGUUCCGACGCACUCCGACGUCAAUAACACGAGUGCAACUGCACUUAAGACCGUAAUACGUCUGCUAUCGCAGUCAUGUCUCUACUGCUGUUUCUAUCGUUCCCGCAAGUGCAUAUAAAACACAUUGUGGUGAGUCAAGUGGCGGUGCGGGGAGGAGGGGGAAUUGCUCGAUGUAGUGGACAGUCACGAAAAAAAGAGUUGUCCGCGGGAGGGGGAUGCAAGUGUCAAGUAGAUUUGUGAGCUGGCCUGUUCUCCCGGUUCAACGCUAAAAAUUCAGUUGAGAGUAAUUCAAUAACGAGAUUGUGGGGGUUUAAAGUGCUGAGAGGUGCUAUUUAAAUGGUCAAUAAUAUUUGUAUAGGUUUUUUUGCGUGUGGUGUCGGUUGGAGAUCCACCUUUACGUGGGGAUAACCUUCAAAAAGAGGGUUUCCGGGGCAUAGGAAAAACGCGAAAGUUGGAUGAAAAUUUGAUGGAUGUAAAUGUUUCAGUGAGAAAUUGGAGUAAGUGAACGUUGGGAUAAUGGUGAUACAAUCGUUACCUGCUUGUGUGGGGCCUUAUCUGGAGGCAUACAAGACUUGGGUGACGAGCAAACCCCAGGUUAUUUCGGACAUCGAGAGCACUGUGAGAUGUUUAUCGUAUUUUACUGCAGGGCGCUUCGGCAGCUCCUCAUUAACCUCCGAACUCAUCUACUCCAUGCCAAAUCUCUUGAUCCUCCUCAACGAUCACUUGUUGUACACCGCCAAGUACGCACACCUCAAUUUACCGCAGUUCCAGUCACAAAUCAAAAUAUGGCUGACAAUAAUUGAAUAUACAGAGGCACUAAUCGAAGUUGGAGCUACAAAGUUGUGGGAUAAGAGAGGAAAAUGGCUUGUGAUAUUUUUAGUACAGCUGUUCAAGUCUGUAAUGCGACUGAUUCUAGUCCAUCAUGACAAAGAGCGCAUCACUCAAACUCCCCCCAUUCCCCCACUGAAUCGCGAAAAAUUGGCUCGGCCAGGGAUUGCAAAUUUGGGAUCUGGCUUCCAGAAUUCCGCAGGAUUUCGUUUAGGACGAUCGGGAACUAUUGUGAGGAGUGUUAAUGCAUCUGGACCCAUUCAGUCCAGAAUAUGGUCACCCCUCAAGCCAGAAAAUGAAGACAUCAUCACGAUUGAGUCUCCAUUCACUAAACGAAAUCUGUUGAUUGCUGAGACUCUGUACAUCAUGAAACCAAUGAUCCACCUGAUAGCCUUCAUAAUGAAAGGAAACAAGAAUUGGAUUCCCUGGAUGACAGCUCUCGUUCUCGACCUACUCAGUCUCCACAUAAUAAGCAAGGAAACAAAACACACAGUCUACACGAAAGAGGAGAAGGAAGAGAUUACGAGACGCAGGAUAAAUCUGUUCCUGUACAUUUUGCGCUCACCUUUCUACGAUAGUUGCAGCAAAGCCAGGAUUCUCUCCCUCCUCGAUGGACUAUCGAAUAACGUCCCCUUGGCGCGAUUUGUAGCUGAGCCCAUCGUCAAGUACCUGCCACACUGGCAGAAAACUUAUUUCUACAUGUGGUCUCGUUGAUUUUUGAGGAACGUACUAAUUUUUUGACCUCGUGGGAGCACAAUGGGUCCAUUUGACUCGUUAUUUUUGUCAUUUUUAUGACAGCUGAGAGUUCUCGUGAAAUUUUGUUGUUGGGAGAGUGGUUUUUCUACUGAUUUUUCUAGAUAAUUGAAAACUUUGGUCUCUCACCUAGAAAACCUUGGUGCAUUCACUAGAAAAUUCUUUUUUUUUUUUGCAGAAAUUGAAAUAUUGAAAUUGAUGAGAAUUAUUUUCUCAUAUAAACGAUUCAUCUUCAAAAAAAAAAUUCAAAUUGUGUGUCAACAUACUCCAAUGUGCCCAAUAGAGGCUUGAUCAGUCAAGAAAAUGAAUAAUUAAGAGUUGAAUGAAACAUUUUUAUAGGAUUAGAUUACAUUCCAGGUGAAAUGGUAUAUUUCUUUCGUUCAGAAUAGGAAAAAUUGUAAAUGUACAUGCACUUUGUAAAUUUGUUUGUUCAAAUUGUUUUUGUAAUAAAAGAUUUAUAAUGAUAGUCA